AUGUUCGAUUUCGGCAAUGCAUAUUCUGAUAUAUUCUCACUCCAAGAUUUACGAGACGAUGAAAUUGUUCAAACUUCGCCACUUCUCAAUUUGGAUGAAAAAGUUCUUGUGAAAAUAAUGGAAUUUAUUCCGCUAAAAGAGCGAAUUGCAAAUACACGGAAAGUAUGUCGAAAAAUAUCGGAAAGUGUUCAAAAAUCUGUGAAAUCAGUCGCUUUCUUUCGAGAUGAGUUGGAUUUUUAUGACGAUGCUAAAUUGCUAUAUUUUCUAUCGGUUUAUGGACAAAAUAUUGAGUAUUUGAAUUAUGAUUUAUAUCGAUCAAGUGGAUUGAAAGAAUUGGCUCAAUGGUCUUGGAGACAAUCAGUUAUUCGAACUAUUUCACAAUGCUCGAAUUUGAAACAUUUGGAUAUAUUGAUUUGUACAAGACAUCGUUUGAGAGAUGCCGAUUUGAAUAGGAUAUUCAAGCAUUGUCCCAAUUUGGAAACUUUGAAAUUUGAUGCACAAUUUAUUAUUGGACAUUGUUUUAUGGUUAGUUUUCUAUAUUUUAUACGAAAUUAUUGAUUUUUUUGUUUUGAAGAAAGCUCCUCGAUCUUUGAAACACUUGGAAAUGGAAUUGUGUUAUCGUAUCAUCAAACCACUCUUUAUUGCUGCUUGUUCUAAAUUGGGAAAGUUGAAAGUGAGUUUUCUGAAUUAAAAUAUUUAAUUUUUCUUAUUGGUCACUUUUUCAGACUCUCCAUAUAUCACAACUUUAUUGCAUGGACGAGAAAAUAUUGCAAAGACUCACCUCUCUAAAAAAUCUCGAACAAUUAUCAAUUGUUGCUGAUCCUGAAAGAACAUCCACAUCAUUUUCACUUUCUGACAUUGGUCGUCUCACAAAACUUCAUACUUUAUGCCUCGAAGGUUUCUAUCCUGUAACUGAUCGAUUUUUGGCGGAAUUCUCCCAAUCACCAGCUGCCGAAAACCUUCAACAUCUUUCUCUGGCAUACUGUAAAAACAUCGGAGCCAAUGGUAUUCAAAGUUUGAGCACUUUCCCAAAAUUGAUUAGUUUGAAUUUGGAUGGUGUUUCAAAGCGCGAUAUUUCACAAGGAAUUAUUCACUUUAAUAAUUUGAGAAGACUUCUUCUAACAGAUGAUACUUUUGUCAGUCCGGAAGCGGUUAUCGAAGUUACCAACAAUUGUCAAAACUUGAAACUUUUGGAUAUUUCCAACAAUUGUUAUUUGACUAACAAUGAUUUUGCGAAACAUUUGAUUAUAACUUGUUCAAAUCAUCGGAAUAAUCUUGUUGUUCUCACUGAUAAUGAGCAAACUUGGAUGAGUUGCCCAAAAUAUAUUCAAAACUUAGAAAUUAUUCAUCUUCAUCGACAUAUGCUGUAAGUUUAUAUUUAAUUAAUCAAUAUUUAUAUAAUAAUUUUAUAUGUUUCAGACCAUUACAUAUUUCUGGUCCAAUAUCAUCAGAUGGUCCACAUCAAUUAACUCCAGGCCUUUUGAUGCCUCAAUUGAGAAGAGGAAAUCGUUAUCGAAUGCUUGAAAAGGAAAUGAAUAUGCAAGGAAAAACUGAAACAAUUCAAGUAGAUGAACAGGAUACGUAAGUUUUAAUUUUGAGUUUGAUUUUCACUUUCACAUCGAUAUUUUUAGGAAAAUCUGGAGUGAAAUGCUGUUGGAUCCUAUGUUUAUGAAUAAUUUUGUUGGUAUUAUGGAUCCUGGAAUGAUGGAUUUAUCAAUGUUAAUGAAUCCAGGCUUCCUAACACCAAUAACUGAUCCAAUGCUCAAUCUAAUGACACUUGGUUCAGCUGGUGCACCAAGACCACCAAGUCAAACUGAAAAUAAAUCGAUUUCUCCACCUUCUAAUCAAAUAAUCAAAUAUUCACGGCCAACCAGAUCACAACGAAAAAGUUGUCAAUUGUCGAAAAAACCUGAAGUUUUGCAAGUUCGAAAAGAUCCUCAAUUCACUGAAGACGAUUUUCCACCACUUGGUUAAUGCAAUGCGUGUUUCUUUUAUGUUAUUUAUGUUGUGUUCUUACACUCUUAUUACACGUGUAAUUUUUUCUCAUUUUUUAUGUGUAAAACUUUAAGUGCCUAACUUUUAAAUAAAUUUAUCAAAAUGUAAGCGUGGCUGAAAAAUGUGGAUUUUUUUGAAUUUUUGAAAAAAAUCAAUAUAACGAAAGUUAGUUUUGAUAGUUUUUUUGAAUCAAAAAAAUAAUUUUUUUAAUUAAAAAAUUCAGGUGGUCAAAAUUUUGAAGUUCAAAAUCGAGGUAGUCAUUUUUUUUUUAAUUUUUCAAAAUUAAGAAAUCCAGAUGACAACAUGUUUGGAAUUUUCUAGAUCGGAAAAUCGACGUGGCAAAGUUUUCAAAAAUUUAAAAAUAAAAAUUCUCCCUAACGUAUUUUUUAACCUAAUUUUUCUGUAGAACCUCAUUCUGAAUUUUUUUUUAAUUUCAAAAAGUUCAUAAAAGUUUCACGGUUCAUAAAACACUUCAAGGAUUUUUCUCAACCCGAAUUUAUUUCUUUCAAUCUCAAUUUCAUUUUCAUUUUUGAUACAUAAUUUUCUCUAACCCGCAUAUUUAUCCGUUAUUUAUAUGAUAUGGAAUAAAAAUGGAGAAAAGUCAUCUCAAUCAUCUAAAUAAUAAUAUCUUUUGAAAUGAAAUGAAAUAGGGGAAGAUAUGAAAUGAAAUGAAAUGAAUUUGAUAUCAUUUUUGGACUACUAUUGUUUUUGCGAACGGAAGAUUGAUUGAAAUUUAAUUAUUUAUACCAAAAAAUCCUUUUAUCUAUAAAAUGUUAUCAAGAACAACAAGUUAUUCAUUUGGAAGACAACAAGAGUAAAUAAUUGAGAAUGGUUUUAUUGGAACUGGAAAAAACGAUGACCAACCAAAAAAGAAGAGGAAAUCGGGUCAAUUUCAACACCUGCUGGGUUUUUGGAUAAUUAAUUCAGUUUUUUUUCAUUUUGAAAAUACAACAUUUCUUGUUCAAAGUUUUGGAAUGUGGGGGGAAUAUUCAGGGUUACAUAUUAAAAAUAAACAGAUUGAAUUUUUUUAUUUCGAAAAAAUUCAAAGUUCAAAUAUUCGGAAACCUUAAAAUUUUUUUUGAAACCAAAAAUUUUCAAAAGCGAUUUUAUAUCAGAAGUUAAUUCAAGAAAUUGAAAUAUUUUGUAAUGCAUUUUGAAAAAAAAAUAAAUUUUCCCGCAAUUUUACGUUUCAAAAUUUUCAUAUAAUUUUCUCGAGAAAUUUGAAUCUCAUUAAAUAGUUUUUCUGCUUAGCAAUAAAUCCACGUGGCAAUCAAUUGUCCAGCGAGUACUGUAAAUUGUGGCGCCAAAAAUCCACGUUUUUUGAAUCCUAAAAGACCCAGGUUCUCGGGAGAUACUGUAGUUCAGAGCUUGUUUUUUCUUGCCCUGAGCAAUCUUGCGCUGAACAAUUUAAAAAUUCAUUUUUUGAAUUUUGCCACAAAAAUUCUAAAUUUUUCAGAUAGAUCUGGGUUACUGUAGUUUGGUCAUUUUGUUCACUCCAAAAAAGCCCCAAGAAAGUUGACUCACAUUUUAUUAAAGCCAACAUUUUCGACACUAUUUUUUUCAAGAAAUGCCACUUUAAUAGGAAAAUGAAAAUAAUAGAUCACGCCAACAACGUGAAAUUUUCUAAUAUUUAAAAAAUCAUUUCAAUUUGAAAUGUCAAAAUACAGUAGACUUCGCGGCUGUUUUGAUCUUUUGUAUUGAAAGAAGAAAGAUUUGGUUUCUUCCAAAGGUCACAAAAUUUCAAACUGACAGUAAGUUUUGGAUCUCUCCCUUGUGAUUAUUUAUUUACCCAAAUAUUAGCAUUGAAUAUAGAAUUACUCAUCAUCCACGCAAAAGCUUCCCCAAGAAAAAGGGCGGAGUCAUCAUUUAUAUGUUCAUCUUUCCCCCUAUAGUUUUUCUCCUUUUUUUUUCUUGCGUCGUCUUCUUAUUUGGUCAAUUUUUCCUGUUCUUCUCAUCGUUUUCCAUCUUCAUCAUCGUAGCAUUUUUGACCGGGUUUAGUAUGCGCAAAGCAGCAAAAUGUUCAGAUUUAAAAUUACUAGUAUUUUGUUCAUUUUUUCUAAUUGUUAAUUGCCAUAAAUAUGCUGGUAAGUUCCUGGGGGAGUUAUGGGAAAUUUAAGAAGGGUCAAAGUUAUCUCUAAAUUGUCUGAAAGUUCUAGCUAAGCUUCUAGAGUCCUCGGAGGUUGAAUUUUAAAAACAUACAUUGAUUUUUGAAAUACACUUUCGGAGCCUAGAACUUUCAGAGUAAAAUGAACUUUUUCUACAAAAAUAUGUGGCCAGAAAUAUUACGGAAUAUUUUUUUUUAGGAUUUUAGAGAAUGGAGAAUCUUAAGGUAAAUCUAGACAAGUAAAAACUCCAAGGAAUUUUUCUUGACCCUCGGUCAGACAAGUCUAAUAAGGUUAACUCAAAAAUCAGGGAACUCUUAGAAAAAUUGAAAACUUGUGGUUCCAAGAGAUUGUUUUUUCUACAACCUUAGAAAUUUUGAAGAAAAAAAUCAAAAGGUUUAACAAAUUUUUUUUUCUAGAAUGUUAGAAAAAAUCCUAUAGGGAUUCACUACCCUAAUAGAUUUGAUCCUCUUCCUCUUCGAGGCCCAACUGCUCAGGAAAUCGAAAGCGUGCUACGCCGCGUUUAGGGGCUUUUGGCGUUCACGUGGCGCUCAGAUAUCGCUUAUUUCGCGAGUUCUGUGCGCCGCGUGAACGCCAAAAGCCCCUAAACGCGGCGUAGCACGAUUUCGAUUUCCUGAGUGCUUAUCAUUUCAGAACAUGCUCGAUAUCGUCGUCAAAUAACAUCAGACGAUAUUGGAAGUCAACAACAAAUUGAUUUGAAUAUUACAGUCCCUUAUAUUUUCUCUGCAAGACUUUAUAGUUAUGGACCAACGAGAGGAGAUAUUGCUAUGAAUGGUCGAAAUGAAGUUUAUAAAUUGGAAAAUCCAAUUCAUUUUAUGGAAAAUGUUUAUGAUAAUAUUUAUGUGAGUUUUUUUUGGGAACUAUUUUGUUUUAGAAUAAAUCUGGAACCAUAAGGGAAAUUCAUCAGUUCCUUAAAAAAUCCCGUUUUUCCCUUCUUAUUAUGCCAACCGACCAAAAAGAAAAAUUUGAAUAAUAUCGCAAGCGCAUAAAAGCCGCCUGCCUAACACCAUUUUCGAAUGAAUGAUAAGAGAUGGAACAUGAAAUAUUAGGAGAUUGUUAGAGAAACAAUGGAACAAGAGGAUUUUGAAAUUUGGAAAUAUCUAUCUAUAUAUUAAUAUUCAUAUUUUAUCAGGGGGUCAAUGUUUUUUGUUUUUUUUUUGUGAGAAUUCCAACUGAUCAGAUAAAUUAAUUAUAUAUGUCGGGAUAGAUUGAAAAGUGAAAUUUGUUAUCACCUACUUUUUUAUAUCUGUUUCUGUUUAACUAUAAAAAACAUAAGACAAGAUAUGAGAAAUUAAGACAAGUUUUUUUGUCACAAAUACAAAUCUUCGUAUUUUUUGAGAUAAUUUGAAUUUUCAAGAUAACGCUGAGAGAAAAUAACGAGGUUUCUACAAUCACAGUACCCUGAAAAAGUUCAGAGUUAUACUUUUUACUCUUUUAAAUUCUAAAUCUACAGUAUCUCAACAUUGUUCAAGAUGAUCUAUCUAUAGAUAUUUCGGUACAGUACUUUUUGUUAAAAAUUAUUCUGUGACUACAGUAAUCCUAAAACUUCUGAAUUCAAAACAAAAAUAAAAACUUCAUUAAAAAUUAUUCCCCAUUCAAAAAUUCGAUUCUAAAACCAAUAUUUUUGCAAAUUUAAAUUUGAGAAGGUGCCAUCCUAUUAUGUAAUCAGAAUGUUAUACAAAUAACAAAGUGGACAGGUGAAAACACAGGAAAUGAAUACAUUAAAAGAAAUAGUAGAAGUAGUAUCCAGAAGAGAAGAACAAUUAUUGUUUUGUUUAUUUUGCUUGACAUAUUUUGGCAAUAUUUGUCGAGGGAAAAUGUAUUUCGAACUUUUCAGUUAUUACAAAAAUCGAGAGAACUUUCGUUUUUUGUCACGAAACAAACCACUUGAUGAAUAAAGCGCUCUCAAAUUUUUUACACACAAUUUCAUUUUCAAUGGGAUUUUUAUAGAUUUCGAGAGAUGGAUCUGUUGGAUUUGCAGCCAAACCGAGUAAACCUUCGGCUCUGCCAGUUGAUGAACCUGUUAUUGCAGUUUUUUGGCAGAAGGCAACGUUUGGAAAUGUUUGGUAUAGGGAAACAGAUGGUAAGUUGGUAUUUUUGCGAUGGAAGAAAGAAUUGGAAGGUUUUGAAAAAUCGACAGUAGAUGAGGAAAGUGAAAAAAGAAUGUAGAUCAGAAAUAGAUCGUGUUUUCAAAAAAUAAGAAAAAUUGCAAAUCAAGAGAGACAUAGAGAAAAUUAUACAAAACCCUGUGAGCGAAAUACAAAACAUGAAACUCAAAAAAUGUUUUAUCUAUUUGGUUCGGUAAUUUUUGGUUUUUUCUGAGCUACAGUAAUUGUAGAACAUUUCUUCACAGAAUUUCAAACAAUUCCCAAUUGAACAAAUUUUUUUCUAGAUGUAAACAUCGUAAAUCUUGCCCACAAUGAAGUCAAUAUCCAAUAUCGUUAUGGCUCUCAAUUUCGUGUUCGAUCAGUUGUUUUGAUAACUUGGGAAAAUGUGAAGGAUCCACAAAUACCGGUAAUUUUUUCUUUUCUUCUUCUUUUCUUUUUGUUGUUCUUCUAGUGCUAUUGUAGAUAAUUAUAAGACCAGACAAAAUUGCAAUUUAAUUAUAAUAACAAGAAUAGAAGAAGAAUAAAAUAAUGAUUGACAGGAAUAUAGCGGAUUGAAUUACAUAAAUCUAUUUUUCAGGAAGCUGAGGGAAAUACAUUCCAACUUGCACUUAUUAUUGGAGACAGUAUGACAUUUGCUCAUUUUAUUUAUAGUAAAUUGAACAAUAAUAUUAAUGCGAUUGUAGGUUUUUUCAAAAUUAAUUCAGAGAUUUAUCGAUUGAUUUUUGUUUAGGCUGGAUUUUCCUCUCAACACAAUUUCUAUUCUUUACCUGAUUCUGCAACAAAUGAUGCGAUUUUAUUAUCAGAAAAAUCGGAUAUUGGAAUUCCGGGAGAAUGGUUAUUCCGAAUUGAUAGUGAUCAAAUUUAUUUGUGUGGCGCUGGUUUCAAAGGCCUCGAAUGUAUUGAGAGUUGUGGAACAUCUCAAUGGUUUAAUGAUUGCUCAAAAAGUUGUCAUUGUGACGGAGGAGAUGGUUGUGAUCAGGAAAAUGGAAGAUGUCCAAAUGGAAAAUGUUCACCGGGUUGGAAUGGCGAACCAAUUUGUGAUCAAGAUUUAGAUGAAUGUGAAAUGGAUUUGGCGAAUUGUCCGAAUGAGCAACCAGAUUGUUUGAAUACGCCUGGAAGCUUUUUAUGUCUGUGUUUUGAAUAUGAUGAAGAGAAGCAAAUAUGCAAAGGUUCCAAACCAUCUCCAUCAUCAGCUCCGAUUCCAGUUGAUAUUAUUCCACUUCAACCAUCUUUCACAAGAUCACCUGCUACGUCUUCGCCCAAUUUGACGAGGAAAAAUCGCUUCAAAUCAACAACCGUUGCCACAACAUCGAGAACUUCAAUUCCCACAACAUCUAUGACUCAUGCUCCAAUCAGUAAUGAUAUUAAUACAGUAAGUUUUUUAGAUAGAUAAAAAUCAUAUAUAAAUUUUUAGCCAUUAUUCAUGACUGAAUCUAGCACAAAACCUACAACCACACCAUCUACCACUACUAUGGUAAUCUAAAGUUUACCUCAAAAUUACCACUUUUAUUUUUUUCUAGCAAAUCGCAUGUUCUCGAUGUGAUUCGAAUGCAGAUUGUAAAAAUGGAACUUGUAAAUGCCGUGAAGGAUACACUGGAGAUGGCUUCAGGUACAGUAACCAAACCUAGAUAUUCUAAUUCUAAGGGAUUUUUCAGAUGUUACGAUAUUGAUGAAUGUCAAAUCGAUGGAGCAGUUUGUGGAAAUCAUUCGAUUUGUACAAACACGAUUGGAAGUUUUGAUUGCUCAUGUUAUGGUGGAUAUCGUUUUGAAGAAGGACAGUGUGUAGGUGAGCAAUUCUUUGUUGAUUUGCAGACCUCAGUAAGCAGCAAAUUUCGAAUUUUUAACAAAUUUAGAUUCCAAAAAAUCAUCUGAGUUUGCUCCAGAAUAUUUUUUUUCUAAAUUUGUUUUUCAAGGUUCUGUAAAGCAGAACAGUCUUGCCAAUUGUCUGAUAAAAUUGUUUAAACAACAUUUUUAUCAUUCGUGAUAGAUAAGAAAUAUUUCGGAAUCAUUUUUCAUCCCCGUCGAUAGCUCAGUUGGUAGAGCGGAGGACUGUAGAGUCAGUGGGUAUCCUUAGGUCGCUGGUUCGAAUCCGGCUCGACGGAUUUUUUUUGAAUUUUUACAAAAAAAAAAACAUUUUUUCAGACAUUGAUGAAUGUCGUGAAACACCAAAAAUUUGUGGAGAUCCUUCGAAAGGAACACGAUGUUUGAAUAAAGAUGGAAGUUUCGAAUGUUUGUGUCGUGAAGGAUUUGAAGGUGAUCCUUCCACAGAAUGUCAAGAUAUCAACGAAUGUCUGAAUCAUGACGCAUGUGGUCCAAAUGCCCAAUGUUCAAAUAUUGAUGGCGGAUUUGAAUGUGAAUGUUUAGUUGGUUAUGAGAGAUUAGCUGAAGGAGCACAUUGUACGGAUAGAGAUGAAUGUGCUGUUGAACCAUGUCAUCCAGCGGCUAUUUGUAGCAAUAUACGGUAGGAUUAGGGGGAUACAAUAAAACAUUUGAGAGACAUGAGUAAUUUCAGCGGAUCUUAUAAAUGUGAAUGUAUUGAUGGUUUUAUUGGUGAUGGAAAAACAUGUCAUGAAACUAUACUUUAUCCAAUUUCCAAUGAUUCAAUUGUUAUUCCACGAUCUUCGGAUUCGACAACUACAAUUCCACUCACAGAAAAUAUUAUAGUUUUUGGGAAAAGUUAUUCCAAAAUUCAUGUGAGUUUAUAUCACUUGGGAAGAAACAGAAGGUUUGAAUAUUACAGCUCUCUACAAAUGGUAUCAUAUCUUUCGAAAAACAAUAUCGAGGACUUGUAGAUCACGCUGAAAACUUGCGAGAACCAGCUAUUUUUGUACUUCACGCACAAUUUGAUUAUAUUCGUGAAGGACUAAUUGCUUAUACAUUUAUCAAUAAUUCUGAUCCGGCAACUUUGCCACUUUUAACAAGAAGUUCGAUUUCAGUGCAAACAAGUUUAGGAUUCGAAAAUUUCACAACAAAUAAAUUACAUAUUUUCACUUUUGAUCGUGUCAAACAAUCUGGAUCAGAAAAUGUGAGUUUGACUAAAUAUAUAAUCUUGAGAAAAAUUCUUUUAAAAAAUUUCAGUUCAAUUCUUUCCAAGUUGUUUUGGCGCAAGGAACAAAUGAUGCCACGAUUCUUUCGCUAAUUUAUGAAAAAGUUCAAGCAAAAGGUCCAAUGACUGGAAUCGCAUCAUUUUCUCGAUUUUUGAUGUUACCAAAUAAUCAAUUGACACGUGGAUCGAAUAUUGAUCAGCCGGGAAAAUGGAUGUAUCGAAUUGAUAUGAAAGAAUUGACAGUUUGUCCGCCGGGAAGAAUUGGCGAGCCGAUUUGUGAUAGCGGUGAGAGGGCAGAGUUGUGAAAAGUUCUAAAAAUUACGAGAAAAAAGUUCAAACAUUUUUUCCGGAAGAAAGAUAUCUGGAUUGGGGAACCUAACUCCCUGGGUUUCAGAUCAACAAGUUGUUGAUCUACAGUGCCUGAUCCUUAUCUUACAAGUUCCUACAAAUAUUCAGAACUUUUCCGGAAAGUUCCUAAUGAGUUGUAUUUUUAUUAAAAUUACAAAAAUCUUUAACAGGAACUAUGUAACAAUAAGUUAUCUUAACUUCCUGCCAAAUUUUCCAAUAAAAAUUCCUCAUCGUAUUUCCCUAAUUUCCAUAUUUCUUUUCAGAAUGUGACUAUGGUCGAUAUGGCUCAAAUUGUGAAUCAACUUGUCAUUGUGAAGGAUCUGUUGCCUGUGAUACUAAAACUGGACAUUGUCCAGGAAACCUCUGUCGAGCUGGUUGGGAAGGACCAUCGUGUGAUCAAGGUAACCACCCUCAUAUUCUUCUUCUAAAUCUAAUUUUCUAAAUUAACCAGACAUCGAUGAAUGUGAGAUGAAAUUAGUAUCUUGUGCACAUGGUUCAGAAUGUGUGAAUACACGUGGCGGAUAUCGAUGUGAUUGUGAACAUGGAUUUGUGCAAGUUGGAAAACAAUGUCAGAGAAUUGACAAAUGUUUGGCUCAUUUUGGAGUUCCAUGUGCGACAAAUGCGGAAUGCGUUGAUUUGAAAUGUGUAUGUCAAAAAGGAUAUCACGGUGAUGGAUUCAGAUGUAUCAAGACCACUUCUACUUCUGAUGACAUUUCAAGUUUGCACCAUUUAAUGGAUUUCGGUGUAAAUAAUACAUCGGAAAAUAAUUCAUCAUCGGAAAUCGAAGAUAAACCAUUUGUUAUGAAAAACUGGGAAGGAUCUUCAUCGACGACAACUACAAAAUUGAAUAUUCCGAAUAUUUUACAAGCUGUGCCACCAUUAUAUACAGGUGAGCACAUUUUUUCUUUAGGAUUUUCAUGCGUUAGGGAAAAAAGGAAUUAUUUGAUUUGAAUCUCAACUUUGAGGGAUGAGCUGAGAAUUAAAGAUUGUCUAGAUUUUUUUGAUGAUAUGACGUGCGUUGAUGCUAUUUUUGUUCAAGCAGAGCUUUUCGUAUAUAAAGAAGAUUGA